ACGUGUAGAUGGAGUUCCGAGGCAAAUGCCCAAGCCAUGCACGCACACGCGUGUCCUCACGAGCACACGUGUCAUGUACAGGGGGACUAGUCACCACCUCCCUUGGCCACAGCUAAAACAAUUUAAAGAAAUUAAAGAGGGAGAAGCUAGCUCGAGCGAAAGAGAGAGAGAGAGAGAGAUGGCACAAGCAUCAAGAAGCGCAGCAGCAGCACGUCAAGCACAAGAGGAGAGGAGCUUCAAGCUGGUGAUCAGUGGCCACAGCAUCCCUGCAGUAGGACUGGGCACUUGGAAAGCAGCUGGUCACGGUGCAUCUGAGUCGGUCUUCACCGCGGUCACUGAGGCUGGAUAUAGGCAUAUUGAUACAGCAGCAGAAUAUCAAGUCCAAGAAGAGGUUGGUGAUGGCCUGCAGGCUGCUUUUCAAGCCGGAAUAGAUCGGAAGGAUCUAUUCAUCACGUCAAAGUUAUGGUGCACGGAGAUGGUGCCUGAGCGAGUUAGAAAAGCACUGAACAACACGCUUCAGGAACUACAACUUGAUUAUCUCGAUCUUUAUCUGAUUCAUUGGCCCUUCCGCCUUAAAGAUGAUGCACAAAGGCCCCCUAGGGCAGGUGAUGUACUCAACUUCGAUAUGGAAGGAGUGUGGAGAGAGAUGGAGAAACUGGUGAAGGAAGGAGUCGUUCGAGAUAUUGGGCUGUGUAAUUUGACAGUCAAAAAGCUCGAGAAUGUAAUAGGGUUUGCACAAACCAUGCCUUCGGUGGUGCAGAUGGAGAUGCAUCCCGGUUGGAGGAAUGAUAAGAUGUUGGAAGUAUGCAAGAAGAAUGGAAUUCAUGUGACUGCUUAUUCACCAUUGGGUUCAACCGAUGGUCGGGAUCUUAUUCACGAUUCAACUGUUGAAAAGGUGGCGAACAAGCUCAACAAGAGCCCAGGUCAGAUCCUAGUGAAAUGGGGAUUACAAAGGGGGACCAGUGUCAUUCCUAAAUCAACACACGCCGAAAGGAUAAAAGAGAACAUCCAAGUAUUUGGAUGGGAAAUCCCCGAGGAGGAUUUCCGAAUGCUAAGCAGCAUUGGCGAACAGGAGAGAGUGUUGGAGGCGGACGAUCUUUUUGUGAACGAGAGUGACGGUCCGUUCAAGAGUGUAGCUGAUGUAUGGGAUGGUGAAGUCUAGCUUUGCUGAUUUCAGUCUGAACUUGAGUACUAUUGAGUUUUAUGCAAGAGCCAUGGGAUUGUAAAUAUUAAAUACUAGCCGUGAAUCGUGUGUAGUAAGAACUAUGGAUAAUAAGGAUCAACUCUACAAUACAUGUGCGCACGAGCACGCGCACAUGUGAGCAUCCUCAGAUUCUGAAUGUUGCUUGUUUUCUCCAUGGAUUGUCGAGCUAU